UCUCUCGACGACGCCGUUGCCUUGGCUAUUUCCAACGCUUAUGCCUCCUCCACUCUCGCCACUCGCAAGUCUCAAGCCCUGAAAUACCUCCGAUUUUGCCGCCUGCUUCAGACGUCCCCAUUCCCUAUUUCAGUUAGGAACCUUUGUCGCUACUGUGUGUACCUGAGCCGCACACUAAAGUAUUCGUCCAUCGCUAACUAUUUGGAUGGUCUCCGCUGGCUCCACGUCAUGUUCGACUACCCACCUCCUCCUAUCUCCCAUUGUCGCGUGCAACUUACGCUACGAGGCCUGAAACGUCUUCUCUCCGCGUCGGUUAAACGCAAGCUCCCGAUCACACCGACUAUUCUCUUGGCUCUUCGUGAUGUCAUGGACCUCUCCCUGCCACUUCACCUCGCUCUCUGGGCGGCUUUCCUUCUUGGUUUCUUCUGCUUCUUUCGCAAGUCAAAUAUCAUCCCUCCAAGUCACUCGCAGUUUUCACCGAACAAGCACCUUUCACGCUCCGACUUUUACUUCACUUCGUGGGGCCUUAUCGUUUCUGUCAAAUGGUCCAAAGUCAACCAAUUUCGCGAGCGGACGCUCCUCAUUCCCUUAGUUUCCAUACCGUCUCAUGCCUUAUGUCCAGUUCAGGCUCUUCGCAAGUUCUUCGACACGUGUCCAGCUCCGGCCUCCAGUCCUGCUUUUGUUAUCCCCACAGCGCAUGGUCUUCGCUCCCUCUCUUACAAC